GGGCCGCCCCUCCUGCUCCUGCUCCUCCUCUCCAUUCCCUCUGCUUCCUGGUGCCCCCGUCCGUCCCACAGGCAGGCCGCAAUGGCCACCACCUUCGUGUCCGUGCCGCUCAAGAAGUCGUCCGAGGUGGACCUGUCGAAACCGCUGUGCAAGUUCAUCGCGGCCACCUACCCGAGCGCGGAGAGCCAGACCGAGUACGUGCGGGCCGCCGAGGAGCUCAACAAACUGCGGAAGAGCGCGGUGGGCCGGCCGCUCGACAAGCACGACAGCUCGCUGGAGAUCCUGCUGAGGUAUUAUGAUCAACUGUGUUCCAUUGAGCCCAAGUUUCCAUUUGCAGAAAAUCAGCUUUGUUUAACUUUCACCUGGAAAGAUGCUUUUGAUAAAGGAUCUUUGUUUGGAGGAUCUGUUAAACUUGCCCUUGCAAGUUUGGGAUAUGAAAAGAGUUGUGUUUUGUUCAAUAUUGGUGCCUUAGCCAGCCAAAUUGCAUCAGAACAGAAUCUGGAGAAUGAUGAAGGGCUCAGAUCAGCAGCUAAGUAUUAUCAGCUUGCCAGUGGAGUUUUCCAGCAUAUCAAGGAUACGGUGUUGUCAGCACUGAAUCGCGAGCCAACAAUGGACAUUUCUCCAGAUACAGUUGGAACUCUCAGUCUAAUUAUGUUGGCUCAAGCACAAGAAGUGUUUUUCCUUAAAGCGGCUGCUGAUAAAAUGAAAGACGCAAUAAUAGCUAAAUUAGCCAAUCAAGCUGCAGAUUACUAUGGUGAUGCCUUCAAACAAUGCCAAUAUAAGGAAAAUUUGCCUAAGUAUUUUUAUUUCCAGGAAGUGUUACCUGUUCUAGCUGCAAAACACUGUAUGAUGCAGGCCAGUGCAGAGUUCCACCAGUCACUUCUGGCCAAGCAGCAGAAAAAGUUUGGUGAGGAAAUUGCCAGAUUACAGCAUGGAUCGGAUUUGGUGAAAAAUGUUGCCUCCAGGUAUGAUGAGUAUAUCAAUGUGAAAGAUCUGUCUGACAAAAUCUCCCGUGCAUUAACUGCGGCGAAAAAGGAUAAUGACUUCAUUUAUCAUGAUCGCGUUCCUGAUGUGAAAGACUUGGAGGCCAUCGGAAAAGCUACACUGGUGAAAUCCACGCCUGUCAACGUUCCCAUGAGUCAGAAAUUUGCUGAUCUCUUCGCGAAGAUGGUUCCGCUGGCAGUGCAGCAAGCUCUGAGCGUCUACAAUCAGAGGCGGGCUGACUUGGUCAACAGAUUGAUUGCACAGAUGAGAGAAUCCACAAACCUAGCCAAUGGAGUUCUGGCUUCCUUGAAUUUGCCUGCCGCCAUAGAAGAUGUUUCUGGUGACAGUAUCCCACAGUCAAUCUUGGAGAAGUCCAGCAGCGUGAUUCAACAGGGUGGCCUCCAGACAAUAAAUCAACUUAUGAAAGAUCUUCCAGAGCUUCUGCAGAGGAACAGAGAAAUCCUGGAUGAGGCAUUGAAAGUACUGGAUCAAGAGGAAGUGACUGAUAAUGAACUGAAAUCAAAGUUUAAAGAACGCUGGCAAAGGACUCCUUCAAAUGAACUGUACAAACCCUUACGAGUAGAGGGAGGUAAUUUCCGAAGCAUUCUGGAUAAGGCCAUCCAAGCGGAUAAAGUGGUCCAAGAACGUUAUGCUGCUCACAGUGAAAUUAUUGCCCUUCUGUGUAAACCCGAGGCAGAGCUGAAUGCUGCCAUACCAUCCGGUAAUCCGACCAAAUCUCUUCAAGGAAGUGAGGUUGUUACGCAUCUGAAGACACUCCUUGCUUCCCUGGAUGAAGUGAAGAAGGAGAGGGAGACGCUGGAGAAUAAUUUGAAGUCCGUGGAGUUCGACAUGUCCAGCAAGUUUCUGACAGCAUUGGCUCAGGACGGUGCCAUCAAUGAAGAAGUUAUUUCUGUCACUGAGCUCGAUCGCAUUUAUGGAAGCCACACAGACAAAGUGCAGAAAAACCUGAAAAAGCAGGAAGAGUUGCUUGCAAGUAUUCAGAGUGCUCAUGAAGAGUUUUCUAAGACAAACCAAUCGAAUACCGGUGCUGUUCAGAGGGAAGAAGUACUUAAGAAGCUGGCGGCCGCACACGAUCAGUUUGUUGAACUUGUAAACAAUUUGAGAGAAGGCACAAAAUUCUACACUGGGUUCACUGAAAUCCUCCUGAAAUUCCAAACAAAAUGUUCUGACAUCGUGUUUGCUCGGAAAACUGAAAAGGAUGAACUUUUGAAGGAUAUGCAACACAGCAUGGCUAAAGAACCCAGUGCACCUAAUAUUCCAGUCGUCCCUGCCUACCAGACUGCUGUUUCUGUCAGUGAAAGCAAUCCUGUUCCAACUCCUGCACCUAGAACUGUGUUUCAUUCCAAACCUCAGACUCCUGAUUGCACUCCGGCCUCAUCCAGUGGCUCUGGAAACCAACCCAAACCUCAGCCCCCAGCACGCCCUCCCCCUCCAAAUAUUGGAUCCAGUUACUCGUCUGCUCCGUUCGGAUCAGCACCUGCGGGCACAAGUGCUCCAGCUGUGACAGCAGCAGCUCCAGCCGCAGGCGCUAGUAUGCCAACACAGGCCCAGGGACCUCCGUACCCCUCAUAUCCAGGAUAUGGAUACUACCCAAUGCCCAUGCCAAUGGCAUACAAUCAGUUUGGCUACGGCCAGUACAACAUGCCCUACAUGUUCCAGCCUCCUGGACAGCCACCUUUCCAAAGCUCACAGCCAGCUCAGCAGCCUGGAUACCCUUACCCUCAGCAGCAAUACUACCAACAAUAAGAAGCAUUGUCUGUAAAAGAAUCUAUGUUGUUACUAAUUUCAGAAUUACCUCAGUUCUUUAUCUAUUGCAUACUUCUAAUUAUUAGCCAGAGGUAAAAGUGGAUUAGGUGGUACUGUUAAAAUCUAUGAUUGCACUAAAUUUAACUUUUUUAGCAACAAACACUAGGAAUUUAGCAAAUUUGAAAUUUUUUUUUGCAAAGACAUGAUAAAAUUGCUUAACAAAGGAAUCUUUUGUUGACUAGAGUUUGUAUUCUAAUUUUGGGGUAUGGGAUUGAAGUACUGCAUAAAUAUAAGGCAGAUUGUGUAUGUAUUUUCUGCUUUUACAACUUUGCUUAAGUUGCAUUUGGUUAAAUGUUAUUUUCCUACAUCCUAUUGUUUAAAUUUGUCUAAUCAGACUGUUGUAAAUCAUAUACAUUAAAACUAAUUAUG